AUGCCAGGAAAGCACAGCAAGGACGCGGAAAGUCAUUCAUCCAACAGGAGGAAAGGAGCAGACGAGAGGAGCAAGAUCGACGAGAAAAUAAAGAACGCCAUGAAGAAGUAUCAAAAAGAAGGCAAGGGAACAGAGGAUGAGCGAGAGGACGAAGACUCCCCACACAACUCAGAGAUACAGUCGGUAAGGUUUCCUUCGAGGUUUAAAUUACCAACUUUUGAGCCUUUUGAUGGAACAGGGGAUCCGAAAAGCCACAUCUCGAAGUUUAAGACAAUCAUGAUGCUACAAGAUGUAACUGAUCCCAUGCUCUGUAGAGUGUUCCCUGCGACGUUAAAAGCAUCGGCGCAAAAAUGGUACUCAUGUCUCAAGGCAGGGUCAAUAAGUUCUUUCUCCGACUUAGCAUCAGCAUUCAAAGCAAGGUUCAGAACAAAUAUUCCCAUGCAGAAGAGCUCCAGCGACUUGAGGAAGUGCAAGCAAGGAGAGCAGGAGACCCUCAAGAAUUUCGUAGAAAGAUUCAACAAAGAAGCAGUUCAAAUCGAAAACCUGAACCAUGACACAGCCAUCGAAGCAAUGAAAAUGGGAACGAAGUUUGAGGAACUCCGAGACAAGAUCCUGAUGAAAAAGCCAACCACCUUUCAAGACUUAAUGCUAAUCGCGCAUAAGUAUGUGGAACUAGACGAAGCCCGAAGGACCCUCACUAAACAACAUGAGCAUACCAAGCAGGAUAAUUCCAGGUAUCGAGGGAAAAAGGAAGAAGAAAGGCCACGGACUCAGCGAUAUGGCGCAGGGCAUAGACCCUACGAUUUCACCCCAUUGAAUAAAGCUCCAGUAUACAUACUCAGCUGGAUGAAAUAA